AUGGAGGUCAAAAUUACUUUGGUACCGCUCGGACGAGAUGAGAAGCAAAACCACCGGACUAUUGCAGUCACCCCAGAUAACCUAUCCGUCAGCGUUGGCCGAGCUUCCAAGAACCCCAGCAAAGGGCUCCUUGCUGCUCCAGACAAUGCAUGGUUUGAAUAUCCGAUCCUAUCAAGGACCCAUGCAAAAUUCACAGCUUCUUGUAACCAGCAGGAAAUCUACCUACAAGACUGCGGAUCAACCCAUGGCACCUACAUAGACAAGCAGAGGUUGGAGGCUGGGGUGGAAUUUGCUGUGGUAGACGGAGAGGUCAUCACAUUCGGCCAGAGAGUUACAAGCGGAGCAGUCACAUACCCAGCCAAAGAUUUCCGUGUUCAUUCGAGGUGGGAAUCUCGCAGUGAGGUGCAUGACAGCCACUCCACUACAGUCAUGGAGGCUCAAAGACUAGUGCAUACGGCUUCCAUCAGUCGCCCUCCCUUCACUAAUGACUUUGACCACUCCUCCGAACCAUCUCGAGAGGGUUCCGUUCAGAUCGUCGAUUCCCACCGUCAUACUUUCUCCGUUCCAUCUACGGAUGAUGAAGUCGACUCGGAGGAUGAAGAAGAAGAAGAGGUACAAAUCGCGUCGUCCGUCCAAGGCGAUGAAGAAGAGGUUUCUGCAGCCACCACACCCGAUCGUCAAGCCGUUGGAAAAGCAUACAACAACACCGAAGGCGAAGCUCAAAGCUCUAAAACUGGGCCAGCGCCCGGCGAGACGCGCGGUCUCAACCUAAAAGGCCCCAGCUUGCGAGAUCUUUUGACCGAGACUUCCAAAGAUGGUACAUCUCAGGAGAACCCUAUUAACCUCGAAGGUGUAUGUACCGAUGUUACUGAUGUGGAUACCGAGAGCGAAGAUGACGGCCCGGACGUCUUACCGUUUUACGAACCUUCAAAAGCUGAUCAGCCGAACCGAUCAAGGGUCUGGGAUGACCCGCAAGUUGCUCCUCAAACGUCUGCUGUGACAAUGCCGACAAUGAUGAGUGUAGCCCAGAAACAGAGCGAUCGGGACUCGGAGACUCAGAGACACCGCAUCAUCCCUGAGACCCAGGCCAAGAUGGCUAGUGAGGAUGAAGCAAGAGGACACGAACCAACGAACGUUCUUGCUGACUCGACUGCUGGGGCCACCGAUGGCUUCGACAGCGAGGAUGACGACGGGUUUGAUUAUGAUCCAGAUUUCUUCGACGAAAACUUGGAGCCUUUCCCUGAGCCUUCAAUCCUCAAUGUUGGAAUACCAAACAGCUCUAAGCCCAAAGUCACUUUCCAAGUCGGCAGUGAAAAACCGCAUUACACAACGCUAACGCCUCCAUUCGAUGAAUUUCGUCCUCCUCAUCUUAGUGAUCUCAGCGUUAGCGACGCCAUCGACGUAAGCCAGCCUGCCGGGCCGUCCUCCGCAUGGGCUCAGCGGGCACCCAGUCCAUCAGAUGCGGCACUAGCUAGAAAGGCGAGCGACCCAAAAACGAGCUUAGGUCGAGACAUCCUUGAUAAUUUUCCUGUCUCCCAAUGGCCUGCGGCCGCCAAGACCACUCACUCUCAUUCCACGGAGCAUGCUCUAGGCAAUACAGCAUCUCGCGAAGAACCUAUUGGAGCAUACUCCUGGCCAGAGCUCCAGAGCCCGGAACCUCGCUUAUACGAUCAGGGACCGUUCAGCAGUCAGCCAAAGGUUACGGUACCCACACCCCGCUCGCCAAAGCCAGGCCAUGUAAAGAAUCAGCACAAGAAGCCGACCGUCACAUGGGCUGACCCCCAUGAAGAGAACGGCGACAUGAUCAUGAAUGCCGAUUGUUUUUCCCGGACCGGAAAGCAAGCAUCCAAGAUCACGAUUCCAAGUCUUGUCGAGAAUUACCUUGCUGAGAAUCCUAGGUCUUUCAAGAGGAAAUAUGGAGGAAUGAAUGGGAGCGAUGACGUUGAAGCUACACCCAACACACCUAAACCAAGUCCGCCCGUGACACGCAUCUCUGGCUCCAAGAGGACUUUCGCAGAGGCAAAUUCCGAGGCCGUCUUUUCACCCUAUUCCCUUCACAGACUGCGAUCACACGUCGACCCCACUGAUUUCAUGUGGCAAUCCGGUGAAGAUAAUACCACGCAGCGUCAACUCGGACUCGUAGAUCGAGACACUCCUCUACCUGACGCUCAGCCUAGGGAAAACAUCUUUCAGACUCCCACCGCCUCUAUAUCUCAAGGGAGUGCUGCUGAGCCCGCUGUCGGCUCAGCAUCAAUCACGACGACCGUUCAAGGCGAUGACAUUGAAGGACCAGCUCGUAAGAAGGCCAGGAAGUCAUCGCCGUCGCCUGGAGGUAUUGGCAAGUUCGUGAUGGGCGUGGGCUUCGGCUUGCUGGGUGCUGCUGCUGCAUUCAUUGCCACUAUCCCUGCUUCCGUAUACGAGGAAGCCCUUCGAGAAUUCGGCAAUGCCGCCUGA